CCAACUUGGGGACAGCUACAACUAGUGGCAGGCACAUGAUGCGUCCCUUAGCUCCGAUCAAGGGAGAGAUUAUUGACAUCGAUUCAGAUUUUAUUCCAAAGAGGAAACAUAUACCUAAUGAGGUGCACAUGGAUCAGAAGAUGUUUACAUGUGAGUUUCCUCAAUGCCCCCAUAGUGAUUAUCGUAUGGGAUUUAAUGACCGGACAUGGAGAAACAAUCACCAAAUGAAUUGCCCAUACCGUUUCAGUUCUUCUGAAAGGCUUAAGAAACCAAGAUAUCAAAUUAACAAUGACAAGCCAGCGGUUUUCUCUGUCCCUUCUGCCCAAAACGAGGCAUUUUUUCUGCCCUUGAACGAUGCUCCGGCAAGUGUGGAUGUUUCUGACCUUGGAAUUCCCAAAGAUGGCCAAAAGAUGAUUUCUGAGCUUCUUUCAUCCUAUGAUGACAAUCUUCUGCAAAACAGUAGCUUCAACUCAGGGAAUCUCAACAUUCUAGAAACUCAAAACUCGCUGCAGCAAACGACACAACUUCAACAAGAUGAUUACUACAACAGACAGGGAGUUGUGUCAGGGGGCGGCAUUUUUCAAGAUACAAGUAUGGCAUCUAGUAAUUCUGUGUUCCCAUCAACAAAUUUCCAGUUCAAUCAGUGCAAGCCCUCAUACAAUUCCACAUCCAAUGGCAACACAAACGAGAAUAUGUCUGACUUCAGGUUUGAUUCACCUUUCAACUUGACACCAAUCGACUACUCCAUGGACCCACAACCUUGUCAGGAUGUAUCCUUGUGGAACCUCUGAAUUCGGGAUGAUUUUCACCGGAAUGUUUGCGCCACUAGUAAUUAGGUUAAGCUUUAUCCUUGAACCGCCCUGUAGAUAUUGAACUGUACUGUAUCUGAAUGCUUACCAUAUUUCUGAACUUGUCUGUGCUUUGGUCUUGUAAUGCUUUUGAAAUAGUAAGAUAUUGUUGCAUGAAUUGCCGUAGUUGCAACUUUUUGUUGUCUUUUUCUGCACGAAUUGGGAAAUGAUAUUUUACAUAUUUGAGUUUAAUGCC